CUUUGGUCAUUUAGUUAACAUAAUUUUGGUAAAUCCCAUUUAAGAAAUCUGAUAAUCGCCCACUCAUGUCCUCUUUUCCUUUUGCCCUAGGAAAACCAGAUUCCAUCUCAGAGCUUACCCCUUAAAUCUAAUCUUCCCACUUAAAACUCCACAAACACCCAAAUCUCUCUCUCUCUGACAGCUAAUGAAACAUCAUAAAUCUGCGCCAAUUCGUACAGCUAAUAUGCGCAUCCCCGAAAUUCAAGAAACCCAGGAAAGAGAAACAUGAAAAACCUCCAUCCUCGUUCGAAAUCUCAACCCAAAAUUCUCUCUUUCACACAACCAACUGUAGUUCUCUUUGAUGUUCAAAUGUAGAGGCAACGAACAAACUCCACACUCAGUCACUCUCGCUUUGCGUUGUGACUUCACUCCAAUCCCACCAUCGAAGGCCUUCAAGCUCCUUGCGGGGAAGAGUAGGAUUCCCGCACGGCGCAGCAUCCAUGUCCUCCAUCUUCAGCCCCUCGAGAAGCAGCCCGAGCAGCUCGAGGCACCACCAAUUCGGUGGCGGGGUUAACAGCCCCGUCGUUUUGGGCGUUUCGAGGUUGAGAUCUUCCUCAGCGAGGAAGCGGCCCGAGCCGUUGAGGCGAGCCGUCGCCGAUUGCCUCUCCUCUAGCUCGGCUCACAGUGGGGCCCCAUCCUCCACUGUUGCCUUUGAAGCUUCCAGAACUCUUCGGGACUAUCUGGCUAAGCCUGCAACAAUUGACCUGGCUUACAGUUUUAUGAUAGAGCACACUAUUUCAGAGAGAGACCGCAGCCCGGCUGUAGUGGCUAGAUGCGUGUCUCUUCUGAAAAGAUACCUACUAAGAUAUAGACCCAGUGAGGAGACGCUACAGCACAUUGAUCGGUUUUGUAUUAACACAAUUGCUGAAUGUGAUGCUAACCCAAAUAGCAGAGUAGUUCCAAGUCAGGCUGCACCAUCUUCAGCGCCUCCUUUGCCUGUGUCCAGUUUUGCUUCUGGAGCUCUCAUUAAGUCACUGCAUUAUAUUCGUUCUCUCGUGGCUCAACAUAUUCCAAGGCGGUCAUUCCAACCAGCAGCUUUUGUUGGAGCUGCUUCGGCUUCCAAAAAUUUGCUCCCAUCAUUAUCAUCCUUGUUAAAAAGAUCUUUCAAUUCUCAGUUAAGCCCCCCAAAUGGCGGGGAAUCUCUUGAAAGCAAGGACGAUUCAAGUAUAUCUUCUCAGAACAAACUCAAUCCUAAAAGUAUUGACUAUGUUGAGGAUCUUGAUUAUAUAGCUCCCGAUGUCCUCAAGUGGCGUCUUUUAGGGGAGCAUCAGUCAUCAUUUGCAUCACCUGAAAGUGACCGAAUUGUGAGCUCCCAAGACAUGAAUGCACAUAACUUCCUAGAAGUAGGUGCAGCUGCACUCCUUGUGGGCGAUAUGGAAUCUAAGAUGAAAGGCCAGGCUUGGAAGUAUUUUGGCAGUGCUGAUAUGCCUUAUCUUGAUCAACUGUUGCAACCUUCUCCUGUCACGACAAUCACCAGCUCUGCCUCUGCCCGUCCUCAUCUAAGAGCUAUAACAGCUUCUAAACGGUCUAAGCCAGGCCCUCAUCAAAUUUGGGAGGAAUCUCCUACAAGCACAUUCCGACCUCGUGCUCGACGACUAUUCCAAUACCGUCAUUACAGUGAGCAACAACCUCUGCGGCUUAAUCCUGCCGAGGUUCGGGAGGUGAUUGCUUCAGUCUGCUUGGAGACAUCUUCUGCAAAUGCGAACGUCAUGACUGUAUCAAGAUUAAAUAAUGCUGGAAAGCCAACGAUGGAUGUUGCCAUCAGUGUUCUCGUUAAACUUGUUAUAGACAUGUAUGUUUUGGACCCUGGGCCUGCUGCUCCUCUCACCCUGUCUAUGCUUCAGGAAAUGCUAAGUUCUACUAGAACAGAGUGCAAGGCACGUGCUUUUGAUUUAAUUCUGAACCUUGGAGUCCAUGCUCAUCUAUUGGAGCCUGUGCUGACAGACAUUCCUUCCACCAUUGAAGAAGAAUAUUGUCAAGAGACAUAUCUUGAUGGUGAAACUCAAGUUGGAAUACCUGGGCUGGUAAAAAGUUCUUUCAAAAGAAUGGAAUCUUCCACAGCUAUCGAUGAUUUGGAGUCUUGGAUCCUGAACAUUCUAUAUGAAAUUCUUCUCUUUCUCGUUCAGAUGGAAGAGACGGAAGAAUCUGUCUGGGCCUCUGCACUUAGCUGUUUGCUCUAUUUUGUGUGUGAUAGGGGAAAAAUUUGGAGGAAGAGGCUGCAAGGUCUGGACAUAAGGGUUGUCAAAUCACUAUUAGAGAUCAGCAGGAAGAAUUCUUGGGCAGAAAUUGUUCACAACAAGCUUAUUUCUAUGCUAACUAACAUGUUUUAUCAACUUCCUGAUGAAUCCACUGACUCUGUUUCAAGUACCCCGCUUUUUGUCUUUUACCAGGUUGAUCUUAUUGGAGGGAUUGAGUUUAUUUUACUUGAGUAUUCGCUUGUGAACUCAAGGGAAGAAAGGAGAAAUUUGUAUCUGGUGCUUUUUGACUAUGUGUUAAAUCAAAUCAAUGAAGCAUGUUCAGCUACUGGAGUCUCUGAAUUCACUGACGAUGAGAUUCAACCUCUUGCAACCUUGCUCACUCUGGCAGAUGCACCUGAAGCUUUCUAUAUUUCUGUUAAACUGGGAGUACAGGGAAUUGGUGAGAUCUUGAGAAGGUCAAUAUCUGAUGCAUUGGACAGAUACCCAAACAGUGAACGACUAAAUAUGCUCUUGGAAAACAUAACUGAGAGAUUUGAUGUGUUAGUGAGUUCAUUUAGUCACUUGGACAAGGAGUUCUCUCAUAUGGUACCGAUCACAAAGUCCUUCAAUGUUCUUGGGAAAAUUGGAGAAACAUCCUUACGAAAUGGUAUUGGCAAAGACGUGAAUCUCCAUUGGUCCACGUUACAUUCUCUCCUUCAUUCGGAAAGUACUUCAUGCCGUCGAAAUGGGUACAUAUGGUUAGGAGAUUUGCUUAUUUCAGAAAUUAAUGAGGAAAAGGAUGCUAGUAUAUGGUCAAAUAUAAAAACGUUGCAGAAGAGAAUUUCUGAUGCAGGAGCUUCUGAUUAUUCUGUUGCUUCAGAUAUCCCCUUGUCUGUAUGGCUUUUGUGUGGGCUUUUGAAAUCAAAGCACAACAGCAUUAGAUGGGGUUUCCUGUUUGUUCUGGAGAGGCUUCUUAUGCGUUGCAAAUUUUUACUGGACGAGAAGGAAAUGCAGCGGUUUAACAGCAGUGGUCCUGAUCACACUUUUGAUGACAGCCGUCUUAAGAAGGCAAAUGCAGUAAUUGACAUCAUGAGCAGUGCUUUAUUACUGGUUUUCCAGAUAAAUGAAACUGAUCGCAUGAAUAUUCUAAAGAUGUGCGAUAUUCUUUUCUCUCAAGUGUGUCUCAAAGUUCCGCCGGCAAGUGCCACUCAAAUUGGAGAGGGAGUGCGUGUCGCCAGUGAGAAUAAGAAAAAAGAUAUUGGUGAUCCAGCUCCUCCACAAGAGAACUGCCUCAGAGGGGAAUCUAUGGAAGAAGCUCACGGCAGAGCCAACAGUAAUGGUAACUUCUAUCAUGGGACAGCUUCAAUGGCUGCGUUGCUUCUGCAAGGACGUGCUGUUGUUCCCAUGCAAUUAGUUGCCCGUGUUCCUGCUGCUUUAUUCUAUUGGCCAUUGAUUCAACUCGCUAGUGCUGCGACGGACAACAUCGCAUUAGGUGUUGCUGUUGGAAGCAAAGGAAGGGGCAACCUGCCUGGGGCAGGAUCAGACAUCCGGUCUACCCUUUUGUUGCUUCUAAUUGGUAAAUGCACGGUGGAUCCCCCUGCUUUUGAAGAAGUCGGUGGAGAAGAGUUCUUCAGAGAACUUUUAGAUGACACAGACUCAAGGGUAGCUUAUUAUUCUUCAGCUUUUCUUUUGAAGAGGAUGAUGACAGAGAAACCUGAGAAGUAUCAACACAUGCUUCAGAAUCUUGUUUUCAAAGCUCAGCAGAGCAACAAUGAGAAGUUGUUGGAGAAUCCAUAUCUUCAGAUGCGUGGCAUACUUCAGUUGGCAAACGAUCUGGGUAUUGAGUUGUGACAUCAAGUAGUGAUUAUGAGAGACAAGUUAAGACCCUAAUGCCCAUACUGUUCACAUCCUGAUAAGCAAAGCUUAAGUUUCCUCAAAAUGAUCUGGAAACGGAAUGAGGAUCUUCUCCCACGAACAUUGUGGAUCAGAAUAAGUUUGAGCCUUCCGCAGAAAGGGAUAUGUUUUAAAGUUGACUUUGGAGCUAUGGUAUGGGAUGGAGUUAGAAAAUUCACUGAAGUAUGAUACAUUCUCUGGCAUGAGCAAUUGUCAUCGUUGAUGUUUUUCCGGAUGCAGAAGUGGAGUGAUGGAGUGCAUGCUUACGAAACAUUACUCCUCCUGGUUGUACAUGUGUAGGGCUAGCUAUCAAUGGAAAAACCGGGAAAUCUGUGAUGUAUAGCUGACAGCUCUGGACUUGAGGUUUUCUAGGUCAUUGCACUGAGCUGUCCCUGGAGGAUGCUAUUAGUAUGCUGACUCUUAUCACAUCAUGUUCACCUGCUGAAGUUCAUGGCAUGGAACAUACCCUCAGUUUGGGCAUCCAUUGUAUAUGCAUGAAAAGUCUGAUGGACCUUUGGAAGAAAUCUUUUUGUUUCCUUGUUCAGAUCUGGCAGCCUCUAUAGCGUCUCAGCAAUGAGGAUACGAUGAUGACCAUCUACAGGAGCAAUAAUAGUUUCUCAAGUUCUCAAAUUUACUUGAGAAGUCGAUGCGAGGUCUCGUCGAUGAAGAGGGCCGUGAUUUUGUACCUUCUGUAUGUGUAGGACCUGCAAAUACUUGAUUUGCGGUACAAGUGCUCUGAAGAGGCACCAUUGAGGAUGCUAAGUAUUAGGGGCAUCUUCAAUGUCUGCCCAGUCUGGUUCUUGAUCUGUUCAUUAAUUAUUUCUAGCUGUUGUAUAUAUUUGUUGUUUGCUUUUAUGUGGUCAUGACCUCUUUCCCCUGUUUUGGCUGCUUCAACUAAUUUGCGGUUGUUGUAUAAUCAAUUGGUUGAGAGAGUUUGUUCAUGUAUGAAUGAAAUUUUGAAGUAAUGAGAGCGAGAAUGUUU